AUGACUCGGCACAUAUAUCUAUAUCGAUAUCUAUAUGCCUAUAUCUAUCUAUCUAUCUAUCUAUCUAUCUAUCUAUCUAUCUAUCUAUCUAUCUAUCGGCGGAUAUGCAAUAUAAUUGGCCCUUUCUUUCUUUCUUUCUUUCUUUCUUUCUUUCUUUCUUUCUUUCUUUCUUUCUUUCUUUCUUUUUCUACUUAUUCCCUGCUCCUGAUCUUUUCAUUAUUGUACACUCUUUUGAUUUUCCUUUCUUUCUUUUUCUUUCUGUACCAAUCCAGUUCUUUCCGAUAUAUCCGCUUUUUAUUUGUCUACAUUCUUUCUUUCUUUCUUUCUUUCUUUCUUUCUUUCUUUCUUUCUUUCUUUCUUUCUUUUGCUUGCUUAUUCUAUUCUAUCUUACUUUUACUUUCUUUUUUCUCCGUCUUUCUUGUUCUUUCCAUUAUUUAUUUCCUUUCUUUCUUUCUUUCUUUCUUUCUUUCUUUCUUUCUUUCUUUCUUUCUGCCUGACAACUCGACAGCUCGUGUCGUUACAUGUCCAAAUAACUAUCUAUCUAUCGAUGUAACUCUAUCUAUCUAUCUAUCUAUCUAUCUAUCUAUCUAUCUAUCUAUCUAUCUAUCUAUCUAUCUAUCUAUCUAA